AUGUUGUUUUCCUUCAUAUUUUUAACUAUUAAUCUUGCCUUUUUCUUUUGCUUUUCCUGUAUUUGCGUGGUGAGGAGGAUCGCUUUCUGCUCUAUAUAUUUAUUUUUUAUUUUUCUCUUGUUGUGGCGUUCGUGUGGAGUAGCGUGCCAAUCAUCAAGGAGGCACAGCAACUCUCUUUGCUUUCCAGUUGCUGAAGGCUUCUUUUUGAUUUCUUUUCGCACAUGUUUUUGUUUGUGUUUUUAUCGCCUAAAACGCGCCAACAUGGACAGCUGUGUGUUGUUUGUUUGUUUGUUUGUUUGUUUGCUUUCCGCUAUAGUCCGUUGUGUCCACAGCAGCUCCUACGGUUCGUAUUUACACUCUGAGCUGAAUCUCUUGCGGGGAAAGAAGACGUCGUCGUGCGUUCAGUAA